GAAAAUUUCCCGUCGGUUUGAAGAUAUUUCAGUCAUUUUACUCUGAGAAUCGACGACGUGAUAGAAAUAUGACCGUUGAGGCCUACGGAACCAAGCGUUUUCAAAUCUUUAUUCUAUUGAAAUAAAACAAAAAAAAAAAAAAAAAAGGCAAUAAAAUUCGCAAAGCACCGAGUGGAAUCAGAUACCAAGCGAAAGCGACAACCCUUCCAAUACAGGAAACCUCUUUCUCUCUCUCUCUCUCAUGCUAAGAGACCCAAAAAGAGAAGAAGAAGAAGAGGUGGUUUCAUUGGUGGAUUAAUGGAAAACUGUGGAGCGGAGGAGACAGCCAAGGAGAUAACAAUGGAGGUGGUUCAGCAAGGAGAGGCUCAUCCCUACGCUUUCCAUGUCUCUGGACCUCGCAAUGUGUCCUCUCCUAAUUGGAGAGAUCUCAUCAGCUCUAGUUGGAAGGAUGCAAAUUACAAAAGAACUGUAAUUGCCUGUUUCAUACAAGCAGUGUACUUGCUUGAACUUGAUAGACAAGAGAACAGAACUGAAGAAACUGCUCUUGCUCCAAAGUGGUGGCUGCCUUUCAAGUACAAGCUAUCACAAACCUUAAUUGAUGAAAGAGAUGGAUCAAUCUUUGGUGCAAUAUUAGAAUGGGAUAGAUCUGCAGCAUUGGCUGACUUAAUACUUAUGAGACCUAGUGGUGCUCCAAGGGCUGUUUUAGUACUUAGAGGAACAUUGCUCAAAAGCCCGACAAUCCGAAGGGACAUUGAAGACGACCUCCGCUUUCUGGCUUGGGAGAGCUUGAAGGGCUCUGUCAGGUUUAAAGUAGCUUUGGAGGCACUCAAAUCAGUUGCUGAUAGAUAUGGAAGCAGCAAUGUAUGUAUUGCAGGUCAUUCCUUGGGGGCUGGGUUUUCUCUCCAAGUGGGAAAAGCAUUAGCCAAAGAAGGGAUAUAUGUGGAGACCCAUUUAUUCAAUCCACCUUCUGUUUCACUAGCUAUGAGCUUAAGAAACUUUGGAGAAAAGGCUGGAUUUGCUUGGAAGAGAUUUAAAUCAAUGCUUCCCACAAGUAGUGAAACUCUGGUUGUCAGCGAUGAGGGCGAAAAGGGUUUUGGUGUAGGAUUGAAGAAUUGGGUUCCUCAAUUAUCUGGAUUGAAGAAUUCUGGUGUGGGGUUGGGAAAGUGGGUACCUCAUUUGUAUGUAAACAACAGUGAUUAUAUCUGUUGCUCUUACACUGACCCUGAUGGCACAGAAGGAGACAAUGCCGGCAAGGAGAAUGCAGGCCCUCCUACAAAUGGGCAAGUAGCAGCAAAGCUGUUUGUGAAGUCCAAGGGGAGACAGAAGUUUCUUGAGGCUCAUGGAUUAGAGCAAUGGUGGUCUGAUGAUUUGGAACUUCAACUGGCUGUCCAUAAUAGCAAGCUUAUAAGCAGGCAGCUGAAAUCCUUGUAUAGCUUACCAGCAUCACAACAAACACAGGGAAAUCCUUGAUAGCAAAGGGUGGCCAUUGUUGUUUGUUAAGGAGAAAUGCUACACGUACUUUCAAAUGCUUACUCUCAAAUACUUAUUUUUUGAUGUGAUGAAAAUUGCCAUUAAAUUUUGGACUGGUUAAUCUGUAUAUGAUAUUUUAAUGGUAACUUUUACUACCAUGUCAAGAAAUAAGCAUUUGAGAGAGCAUUUGAAAACACGGGUAGGAUUUCAGCAAAUAACUCAUAAAAUCCAGAAAAUUCCAUGCUUCGGGGGUGUGAACUUUGUUUGUAUUUACGUUUCACACUGGCUUUUAUUGUUUUCUUCUAUGUGUUGACCAAAUAUUUAGUGCUGUCUCUCUUGGAUAUAUAAAAUGCCAUUCUUUAAUUUCCUUACAACGGC